CCCCUCCCCCCACCGCCUGGGAGCGAUGGCGGCGAUGGAGGCGGUGAAGAUGGCGUCGCCCAAGAGCGCGCCCAAAGACGCUCAGGUGAUGGCCCAGAUCCUGAAAGACAUGGGGAUCACUGAAUAUGAGCCACGGGUUAUAAAUCAGAUGCUGGAGUUUGCAUAUAGAUAUGUGACAACCAUCUUGGAAGAUGCCAAAAUUUAUUCCAGUCACGCAAAGAAGUCGAGCGUUGACGCAGACGAUGUGAGGCUGGCUAUCCAGUGCAGGACGGACCAGUCAUUCACUUCGCCGCCACCCAGAGAUUUUUUGCUAGAUAUUGCGAGACAGAAGAACCAGACGCCGUUGCCUCUGAUAAAGCCGUACUCAGGCCCGAGGUUGCCGCCGGAUAGAUACUGCCUCACAGCCCCAAAUUACAGGCUGAAGUCUUUUCAGAAGAAGCUGACUUCCUCUGCGGCACGGAUCACGGUGCCACGACUGAGUGUCGGCGCCGUCACCAGCAGGCCCAGCACGCCGACGUUAGGAACUCCUUCGGCGCAGACGGUGUCCGUUUCAACGAAAGUUGGCACUCCCCUGCCUCUGACCGGUCAAAGAUUCACGGUGCAGAUCCCAACCUCCCAGACCUCCGUAAAAUCAGUGACUCCAACUACCCCCACGGUCCAGAAUGUGCUGAUCAACCCCUCCCUGAUCGGGUCCAAAAACAUCCUCAUCACCACCAACAUGGUGUCGUCGCAGGGCAGCUCUGGUGAAACGAACACCUUGAAGAGGAAGCACGAAGAAGACGACGACUACGAUAACUUGUGAAAGGGAAUGCUCAUCGUUUUGCUGCCUUAGUUGUGGCGCUCCCACCUCUCCCUCUCCGGAAGCCUUCAAGAAUGGAGGGGACGGAGGGACAGAAGACAAGCAGAUGGCUCUACUCUCCCAGUUGGCUACAGUCUAGCUGCAAUGGACCCAAACUGGGACUGAUGGGAGCUUAGAUGGAAAACGUGUGGAAGCCACUAGAUGGUGGAAGGCUUAGUACAGGAGCUUUGGGAAAAGUUGAUUCUCCUCCUGGCACAGCCCAUUCCUCCGAUCUCUCUUGGAAUUAAAAGAAGCAGCACCUGUG